AUGGACUAUCCAGGACUCAAUACUAACAUAUACGCUUUAGAACGUGGACACAAUUUAGAGGUCGCCGUAAGACCGAUGCUCGUGAUGGUUGCCGGAAUGUACCAUCGCAACACGGAGUACAAAUUUGUAGAAAUGAUUGAAAAUAAAAAUUAUGUGCAGGUCGCCAUAAAACCAAUGCUCGUGACGAUGGCGCCCGGAGUGUACCAUCGCAACACAGAGAACGAACUCGUACCCGUGUGCAUACCAGACAACCAAAACCCACUGGAAUACUUACCGAUCUAUCGAUACUCGAACUGUUACGCAAACUGCAGAAUCAAGGCCAUGCUACAUAUCUGCGGGUGCAUACCGUUCACCUUUGACUACUUAGCGUCGCACCAUUCGGUCAAUCAAUGCGAUAUAAAGGGAUUACGCUGUAUACAAGAGAAUAUGCAACGAAUAAGCAUCGUGAAAGACACUCGAAACGAAAAUUUCACCUGUUCCUGCAGAACACCCUGCAAUAACGUGAUGUACGAAACUUUACCUAAAGCCAUCGUUCAGAUGAAUACGGGUGAUCCGUCGGAAAAAAAUAACGCGUCGGGAUCGAACGCCAUUUUGAAGGUCUUCAUGGACAUGCAGACGUUUAUGAUACUGGAGACGUUGCCUGCCGCCGAUGAGAUUUAUCUUUUGGCAUCGAUUGGCGGAAUCUUCAGUCUCUUCCUGGGAUGCAGCUUCUUGAGCCUAGUGGAAGUAAUUUAUUUCUUCGGCUUGUUUUGCCGUGCAAUUAUCCUCAGUCGUAAAGUUAAAAGCGCGUCGUCGAAGGAACACGAAGCACGUAACGAUUUAGCAAAAAGACGCGGUUAUUGAAAUUGUCCAGAAAUUCUUUUCGGAGUGAGAUAUUUGGAGCACAGUGUUAUUUGUGAAAAAUUCGGUCAAUAAUUAGCCGAGAUCAAUUGUGCAACACCGACCACCAACACAGAACAACCAAGAAUCUGGAGCAAUUAGAUCUAUUUCGAGCGAUUACUGGAGCGCCCUGACGUCCCGACUCAUCCAACCUCGUAAAAAUAUUUACUACGUUCUGAUUUUGCUUUGAUGUUGCUUGUCGUUGCUGCAUGCUCGUUAAACAGGAUCGUAAUAAAUUAUUUAAAGUGAGUGAAUGUCUCAUUAUUGAAGGAUUAAUGUCCACUCGUGAUAGUUACACAUUUCGGAUAACUUUUGGUAAUUUUACGACGAAAGUAAUAAACGUAUGAAUUUUUGUCCGCUACUUUUAUCGAAUCUUGUUGAGUACAUGGUCGUUGUAAAUUACACCGAUGAAGUUAAUAAAAAGUUACAAGAUUACAUGAAGCUCGCUUGUAAAUAUGCAUUAAUUCGCUAAUAAUUUAUCAAGGAUGUCAACUAGAUCAAACGGCUCACGCGCAUUUACUAAUUACCAUGCAUGAUUAAUCGCGAAUAUUAAACACCAGGAAAUGAUUUGAAUGAGAAAUAACCGAUUCUUGGACCUAGGAUGGUUAUGUAACUGAUCACCAUCGAAUUCUAACAUGUCGCUUCGACGGCUAAGAUAAUCGAUUCCGAAAAUUGCUUCGUCACGACGGGAAUUGACUUCGAUAUCGAAAUGGAGAAGAUAAAAUACAAGAAUUCGUUAUAUCGGAGAAAUCGUAUUUAUUGAUAAUUAUUGGUAAAGAUCACAGAAGAGGAAAAGAGGCGAAAGAGUCGCGAUACAAGAACGAUCAAUGUUCAUCCGUGACAUUCUAUUUAUAAGUAAAAAUAUUCCAGGCUUCUCGAAAUCGGAGGAACCUGUAAUAUGAUCCACGAACACCAAACGAUCCCAACGCGAUUGCGUAAUGACCGGGAAAUUUGAUUUUACCUCGCUCGUUUACCACCAGCCAAUAUCCAGAUAGGUGAAAGAGAUAUGUUCAUAACGCUUCUAUUUUCGGAAGUGCUAUCGAAAACACCGAUUUAGUUUCCCUCUGGAUGGUGUGUGCCGUGAAAAGAGCUGCGAAGCAUCGCGCGCUAUUUUCGACUUUAAAACGCCCACGUGUUUCUUGCCCGUCCAGUACGUGUACCCCGAAAUGUUUUGCUCCGUGUCACUCAUUGGCGUAAUUAGGCAGGGACCUGGGGGCACCUGGCGCCCCUAAAAUACCUUUCGUUAAUCUACACUUUGUGCGAGCAACAGAUGUAUCAUUUUGAUUUGGAACAUUUUUAGAUUAGGUAGGUUGAUGUUUUUAAGGUUACAUUCCCGAAU